UUGAUUUCUUAUUGCAUCAUUUUAUUUGAUCUAAUCUAUGACAAAUUUUCCUUCUCGCUUGUUCUCAAUCAACAAAGAUGAGUCGUUCGUAGCUCCUCUUAUUGCUUCUACUCAAAUUAGCGCAACUGUCAAUAGGAUGACGUACGCGGAGCGUCUUGUUAGUGAACUCCACAAGCCUGAUCUCCAAGAAAACGCUCUUCAUUUGCUCUCUAAGAGAACUGAGUUAUUCAAAGAUCUCGCACCUUUAUUAUGGAAUUCUUUUGGCACUAUUGUGUUACUUUUAGAGGAAAUACUUUCAAUAUAUCCUAAUAUUUCAUUGCAAAAUCUUACCUCUGCACAAUCAACUCGAGUGUGCAAUGUUCUUGCACUACUUCAGUGUGUGGCAUCUCACUCUGAUACAAAGGUGUUAUUUCUCAAUGCUAACAUACUUUCGUAUUUGUAUCCAUUUCUUCAAACAACAAACAAGUUGCCACAAUUUGAACAUUUGAGGCUUUCUAGUCUUGGAGUCAUUGGUGCACUGGUAAAGGUUAGCAACAAAGAAGUGAUCAGUUUCCUUCUUUCAAGCGAGAUAAUUCCCUUGUGUUUGUGCAAUAUGGAAAUUGGAAAAGAAAUAUCAAAAAUGGUACCAACAUUCAUAAUUCAAAAAGUUCUUGCUGAUGAUGAUGGUUUGGCUUAUAUUUGUGAUACAGCAAAACGAUUUUUUGCUGUUGCACGAGUUUUGGAGAUGGUUCAGAUUGUUGUGAAACAACACUCACCUCGGCUUUUGAAGCUCAUAAUCUCGUGUUAUUCUCGUUUAUCAGAUAAUCACAGAGCUGGAAUUGCAGUAACAAGUUGUCUUCCAAUUAUGCUCACAAAUCGCACCUUCAAUAAUUACCUUCGUGAAGAUCCAACAACUUGGAGGUUGGUUGAGCAUUUGUUUGAAAAUGUAGGGCUAAAUCAAGUUACAUUAGUAUAA